GCGAGCGGAAGUGUUAAUAAUAAAAUAGCGUUUAAAUAAAAAAGUGAAAGUGAAAAUAACAUUAAUAAAAGGAAGCAGAAUUAGAAUUUUUCGCAGCGCGACCCUGCGUCAUUUCGGACUUUUAAAGUAUCUCUACGUGUUUCCGGUGUCGUGGCGAUCACACACACACACACACACACAGAACAGUUUUACUCAUCAGUCAGUAAACCAGCUAAUAAACAACACAAACAUGAUUUCGUUAACGGACUCGCAGAAGAUCGGGAUGGGGCUGACAGGCUUCGGAGUGUUUUUCCUCUUCUUCGGAAUGAUUCUGUUCUUUGAUAAAGCGCUCUUGGCCAUAGGAAAUAUCCUGUUCGUCGCAGGUCUCUCGUUUGUCAUCGGACUGGAGCGGACGUUCAGGUUCUUCUUCCAGCGGCAUAAAAUGAAAGCCACCGGUUUCUUUUUGGGAGGUGUUUUUGUGGUGCUCAUCGGAUGGCCGAUCGUAGGCGUCGUCCUGGAAGUCUAUGGAUUUUUCCUGCUUUUCCGGGGCUUUUUCCCAGUAGCGGUUGGCUUCAUUAGGCGGGUGCCUAUUCUUGGAUCUUUACUAAACCUUCCUGGUAUUAGCGGGUUGGUGGAUAAAGUGGGCGAGAGCAACACCAUGGUAUAACGAUCAACUGUUUAGCAUUUUCUUUUUAGAGUGGCUCAUAUUUAUAUUCGUCAUAAUAGUGCUUUUGGCUCGGCGUCGAUAUUUCCGAACGACAGAUGAGAUUUUUGAUACUUUACCUGUGAAGUUUUUUUUUUUUCUGGAACUGAUUACCAAACCAAGUGGGCCGCUUGUUGCUGCACCACGCGUCUCCUCCGGGGGGCGACAGGGACCGCUGACCCCCCGAAUGACCACAAGGUGGGCGGAUGACACGAGUACCGUAACCGAAACGAUUCACUGGGUUCUGAAUGAAGUCGUUACUGUUUUUAUUAUUAUUGCGCUUGUAUGUGCCAACCGUUCUGUUUUGCUCCUUUUUAUUCGUCAAAAUCUAAUUUGGACUUUUUCCCGCAAGAGCGCCCCCUAGCGGAGCGGAGACUGUUCAUCUCUUCGCGCUCACGAGGAAAAUGACAUGCUGUUAUUAUACAUGACUGAUUUAAGUAUUUGUAAAUACUUCAAAUGUGAGACUAAUGUACAUUUUUACCAGCAAAGAUCCUGUUUAAUAAAUGGAUUAUAUCCUUGA